UAAAUACAAAUUAACCUGUCCUCCAACAGUAAAGAGUGCCCAAGUUAGCACACAGCUAGCCGUCCUUGCUAACUUAGCCUGCCGACCACAAACAGCUGCUUGCUAACGAUUUUAGCUCGAUGGCUAACGUUAAUGUUAUCUGUUGGUGUGUUUGGCUGAUAAAAGGAUGGUUGAGAGGUCGAUUUUGCCUCAAAAAUCUGACUGUCUGCAAGUAUUUAACGCUAGCUCACGUCAGCUUAAAUUGCAAGUGGGGAAAAAGUUAGGAAAUAAAUGUUUUAAUCGACCAUCCGCUGUCUCUCGAUAAUAGUUGAGGUGACUAAAGAGAGGACAGAGCCCCAUCCUUGAUCUCUUUCCAGACUCAACAACUAUGUUUAAAAUAAAGAAAACUUCAUCUGAUCAGCGCUGUUAGUUCGCUGUCAACUUAUCUUUUGUUUUUUAUUUUUUUAAAACCACAAUUAAAACCUAAAACUGUGUCUCUAACGUUACUUAAAUAAACAUUAGAAGAGGCUUCAUAGCUCAUGUUAUUUCCAGAGAAAGUGGAUGCUCUAACUAGUUGCCAAGCACAUCUUUUUCUGGUAAAAACGUUAUUUCUGUUGUCUCCGUUGUGUGUUUUUGUCUCAUAAAGAGUAAGAUUAGACUCCAGUAAUAACUCUCAUACAGUCCAUCACAACAAUACAGCACGGACAGUUUUAUUCUAGAGCUAGAUCCUACAGAAGCAACAACAGCAGGAUAAAUCUGUGAUAAGCUGUUUGUUAAGAGUUGGGACUGUACUGGCUGGGUUGAAUUUAAAGUUUUUAUAGACACUCAAAAUAGCUUUCAGUACAGCCUUUCAGUACACACUCAACAACAUCACAAACAGCCUCCAAAAUGAUUCGUUUGAAACCUCAAGAGCCGAAACAGUUGUUGUGACUGUGGCCGCAAUGCUUGGACAAUGAUAAUGACAUCUCAGACAAGGGAUGUGGAUGGGAUACUUUCUGCUAAAAGCUAACUGCAAUAACAAGUUGUCCCUCAGCAACUCCCUGGUGUGGCGCAACUGUUGCUUUUUCACCAUAUAAUCCAUCAUGUCAUUACCAAAGGAGUCAGGGAACCGAGGGAAAGAUCGAGAGAGGGGGGCCCGUCCCAAGGUGAGACAGAGCCGGUCAGAGGAGAGACGAGAUGCAGGCAGUGGACGGAAAGGUGGAAAGGGGAAGAAAAGAGGCCUUGCCUCACAUGAACCAGCAGCUGAGAGGCCUGUCAGUGAUGGCUUUGAGUAUGGUGAGCUGUUGAGUGACCUAGAGACCAAGGACCAAUCUUCCUCCUCGCCUCUGAAGGAGAGUUGGAGAUGGCAGGGUCUGGAGGCCGCUGCCUCAUUAUUAGGACAAGAACGGGUAACAGCCAGACCAGGACUGGGAACAGUUAGCUCAGCGACAGAGUUAUCUGCACCCAGUGACGGAGAAGGCAGGGGGUCAAGCAGCAGUCGCACUUUCCGGCAAAAAAUCCAAGAUGCAGUGGGGCAGUGUUUCCCAAUAAAGACACACACUGCGGCAGCACCAGCACCAACGCCACAGGCUCUUUCAUCAUCAACUGCCUGUGCCUCCUCAAGGCGCAAGAUCCAUCUCAGUGAGUUGAUGUUGGAUGACUGCCCUUUCCCUGUAGGAUCAGAGCUGGCUCAGAAGUGGUAUCUCAUUAAGCAACACACGGCCCCCAUUACCCAGCCUCCCGUGCUCGAUUCUGCGGUAGUGUGCAGCGCCCCUACUUCAGCCAUAGCUACUGUGGUGGAAGACGUGGAUGACAGGUUGCGAGAGCGCAGGCGCAUCAGCAUCGAACAAGGUGUUGAGCCACCACCAAACGCAGAGAUCCACACAUUUGAGGUGACGGCCCAAAUUAACCCUCUCUACAAACACGGCCCUAAACUGGCUCAUGGUAUGAAUGAGUUAGCUGGGGCUGACAGAGCCUCCGUUCAUCAGCAGCAGCAGCUUCUUCUCCAAAGACAGCAGCAGCACCAGCUCCUACUACAGAGGUGUUUGGACACUCUGGAUGAGGUGGUGGCCUCAGCUUCAGCUUCAGCCUCAGCUUCAGCUUCAGCUUCAGCCUCAGCCUCGGUCCCAGUCCCAGUCCCAGUUCCAGUCCCAGUCCCAGUCCCAGUCCACACCUGUGAUACUAUUUCCGACUCUCUAGUUGACCCAGAGGUUGCAGCGACCAGUGUGCCCUCUAGAGCCGUACUUCCACAGACUGAGCAUCACAAAUCUCACGAUGGCUACCGCAUUCACACUCAGAUUGAUUACAUUCACUGUUUAGUUCCAGACCUGCUGCAGAUCACCAACCUCCCGUGUUACUGGGGGGUCAUGGACCGCUACGAGGCAGAGACGCUGCUUGAGGGAAAGCCCGAAGGCACCUUCCUCCUGCGAGACUCUGCACAGGAAGACUACCUCUUCUCCGUUAGCUUCCGCCGUUACGGCCGCUCGCUACAUGCACGCAUUGAACAGUGGAACCACAAUUUUAGCUUUGACGUGCACGACCCCAGUGUCUUCCACGCUCCCACUGUUACGGGAUUGCUGGAGCACUACAAGGACCCCAAUUCCUGCAUGUUCUUCGAGCCCCUGCUGUCCAACCCCAUCCACCGCACACAGCCGUUCACCCUGCAACACAUCUGCAGAGCAGCCAUAAGCAGCUGCACCACCUAUGAUGGCAUUAACAUGCUUCCCAUUCCAACUGCUUUGAAAAAGCACCUGAAAGAAUACCACUAUAAGCAGAAAGUACGUGUACGGCGAAUGGACACAUGGUGGGAAUGAAGAACAACACAAAAUAAUGGACUAAAAGAAACUACUAAAUACAUUUUUAAUGCAAUUCACCUGGAACUGAACUUAACUGAACUGAACAAUGAGUCUUGUUCACUCUAUCUGGCUGUAUUAACCUACACUGCACUGUACUUUAUUUAUUUUAUUCCUGCUGUACAUGUCUUAACAAUUGUACUAAACUAGACUAAUAAGACAAUAUGUAAUCUCACUGAUCUUGUACACUCAAAGUUCUUUAUGCUCAAAUUAAACAAACUUAUUUAGA